CCAAUUCUGGGCCACACCUUGGCGUUGUGCCUGACUAUUUUUAUCCCACGAUCAUCACACCAAUUGACGCCGCAAACGUCGCCCGCUGUUUGCAAUGCGAUUUUUAACAAUGCAGCGGCCGACGCUAGCUGCGCUAGCUGGCAUGUCUCGCGCAACGCCGGCCGUAACUGCGGCCACCAGCGGCCUGUUGCCCCUGUGGGCAAAUGUCGCUGUUCAGGGACAGAGAUAUGCCUCCGUCAAGGCGCAGGGAGCUUACAAGAAGAAGAGCAAGAGAGGAAUUCCCAAGAAGCUAGGUGCCAAGAGAACCGGUGACCAGUUCGUUAUUCCGGGCAACAUUAUCUACAAGCAACGCGGCACCCUUUGGUGGCCAGGAGAGAACUGUCUGAUGGGCCGCGAUCACACAAUUCACUCCAAAGCCACUGGAUACGUCAAAUAUUACCGCGACCCGGCCCGUCACCCCGACCGCAAAUACAUUGGUGUUGUCUUUGACAAGGAGGACACGCUUCCAUAUCCGCCACACGCCGAGCGCAAGCGCCGUUUGAACAUGACCGAAAUUCCCAUUCGAACUGUCCCCGAACGCCCUACAGCCGAAUCUCCCUCUGGUAUCCCCUACCAGGUGACACGAGUCCAGGAGGGCGAGCCAGACCGUGUUCUCCGCCUACAGGGCGACUACAGCUACCGCGAAGAUAACUGGAAGAUUGGUCGCUUGGUUGAUACGACAAACCUUAAGACGAAGAGAUUCCGCACAAGGAAGCAGUACUUCCGUCAACGCCGCUGGCGUAGAGAGCGCGAGAUCACUGGUCAACGCGCAUCAGAGAAGAAGAGAGCUGAAGCCGGUGAGGCCCAGGGCGGAGCGAGAAAGGGCGGCUCCAAGAACGGUUCUAAGAAGGUGACGGCCAAGAAGAGCAAGAAAUAAAUCUUCAACCGAGCGUGGGUGGUUUAUACCGCCUAGCAACGACUGUAUUAUACUAUCAUAUAGGCUGUUUUCAUCAUUUUCGGAUGCAUUGUAAAAUCACAUUAUUAUUUCUUACACACAGUAGAGCUUGAAAUAUGUGAAUAAUUUUUGUUUGCAUAUUCGCAAGAUACUAUUGUCCGUUUUGGCGUACGUAUGUAGAAAACGAACAACCACCGUUUGCUGUACAAAGACGCACUCCCCACAUGCACUGGAAGCUGCGUCUUCACGCGCAACAUUGCUGG